UUGCGAAUUAUUUGCUGCUAAAUGUUGGCUACGCCAGUUUCUCGCCCGCACAGUAUACUAUUUGAUUACUAUACUGUGAUAUAUGCCAAGAGUUAAAAAUAACUAUUUUCUGUUUGUUAAUAUAGCCGUUCCUUUCGGUUAACCUACCACUCUACCGCAAUAUUACUAAUGCUAUCUUAAAAUUGUGACUCAACAUUUCUAUUCAAUACGCGUUGUGCAUAUUUAUAAAAGAAUCACGGUCAUCAUUUAACAACAUUUACUUUCUAAAUAAAGGCACAUUUGCAAGGAUAAAUGUGGUGGUCUACAGGUGGUGGUGAAUAUAAGGGUUAGAUAAGUAUUGAUCUAUUUUCUGUCAAAAUUUAUCAUGUCUUACCCUCCAUCCCAUCAGCAAGGGCAGGGACAACAUCAGGGAGGGAUGUAUCCGACUCCUUACAACACUAAUUAUCCACCUGCCCCUGCUCCUGGUUAUACCACACCAAAUGCACCAGGUUACGGUCCACCACCUGGUUACGGUCCUCCACAAGGAUACCAACCGGGGCCCUAUCCGCCUGGACCUGGACAGUAUCCGCCAGGCCCUGGUCAGUAUCCUCCAGGAGCCCCCUAUGGAGGACCUAUUACAAAUCAACCUAUGGGACCUGGGGGACCUUCACCCGGCAGUGGUUGGAUGAAUAUGCCGCAAGGCAUUCCCAACUGCCCUCCAGGAUUGGAAUACCUUACUAUGAUUGAUCAACUCCUAGUCCACCAAAAAGUUGAAAUACUCGAAGCUCUGACUGGAUUUGAAACCAAAAAUAAAUUUACCAUUAAAAAUAGUUUAGGUCAAAAAGUUUACUAUGCUGUUGAAGACACUGAUUGCUUAACUCGUAAUUGUUGCGGCCCUCUUAGGCCUUUCGACAUGAAAAUCCUAGACAAUUAUAAGAAUGAAGUGAUACACCUUUACAGGCCAUUAGCUUGUGAUUCUUGCUGCUUCCCUUGCUGUUUACAAAGCAUGGAAGUGUCAGCUCCUCCAGGAACAAUUUUAGGUACUGUCGAACAAGAAUGGAGUAUUUUCUGUCCAUCGUUUGCAGUGAAAAAUGCAAGUGGUGACACCGUCCUCAAAAUCGAAGGUCCAUUUUGCACAAUGAGUAUUUGUGGGGACGUAGAAUUUAAAGUAAUGUCCAGCGAUGGUUCCGUACAAGUAGGGAAGAUUUCAAAACAGUGGUCAGGCCUCUUAAGGGAAAUGUUUACUGAUACCGAUUACUUUGGAAUUACGUUUCCUAUGGACUUGGAUGUUCGAAUGAAAGCUGUAAUGUUAGGGGCUUGUUUCUUAAUUGAUGCAAUGUUCUUCGAGAAAUCCACAGGAGAUGAUAAUGCCGCAAGUGUGCUGUAGCAGCAUUUCUAGGUAUCUUGGAAAUUUGUUGUUAUUACUAUGCGCCAAGUUUUGAUUUUUUAUUUUUAUAAAAAUAUUUGUUGUUUGGUACAACUUAAAAAAUAUGAUUUUAUAUUUGUUAUCUAUUAUGAAUUGUUUAUAUAUCUAUUGAACUAUUUAUUUAUACUUUGCACAAAGCAUAAUAUGCUUACUAAUGAUAUAGUCCAAAACUCGAGCAACUUUGUGGUCUUAAAUGAAAUAAUGGCCUUUAAAUAUAAAAAAGAAUAUUUAUUGUUAAGUCUACUAACUAUACAAAUUAUCGAAUAUAUACGAAUAUCUUACUGAUCCUAUGUAACUGUGUUAUAAUUUUUUGUUUUUGUUCUUUAAUAAUAAAACUUUAAUUUUGCUAUA